AUGGGGUGCCUCUUUGCCUGCUUUCGCGUCAAAGAUAGUUCUCCUCCGUCUACGGUCGAAGCCGUCCCUUCCCUUAUCGGAGUAAGAAGAAACCUCUCUCUCUCUGUCUCCUUCUCUCAUUGUCCUCGUUGGGUCCGCUGAACUCGUCAAUGGAUUAAUUCCCACUGGCUUUGCUCAUUGGGAUAAUAAUUCUUUGCUUGUCAUGUCAUGUCCUUCCCUGAUCCAACUUAUUUCGUUAUCUUUCAUGGACUCUGUCAGGAUCGCGUGGUGAGGCGAAAUCAGCUUGCCGCCUUGCUUCUAUCUGAAGGUAGUGGGUAUAGUGACGGCAGAUGUCGUUUUCCUUGUGAAUUUUUAUUCCGUUCAAUUACUCGCAUUGUUUGUAUUUUAACCGUAAUUUAUUUUUUUUCAUUUUUCUGAAUGGAAAGCCUCUGAAUUCGGCGGUGAAGUUGUUCAAAGAUAUGUCGGCAGUGAGCUUACAGAUGAGGUGCUUGAUAAGCUAUAUGUUUCAUAUUCUCAUCAUUUGAUUAGUUUGUUAUUAUCUUAUAACUUUGAAGAAAUUUUCAUGUGCAAAUGGUGAUGUCAACUAAAUGUCUGUUGGAACUGAUAUCAACCGCUGUUCAAUUACAGCUCUUGCAAAAUAAGAGAAAUGUUGACUGAGGGAAUGUUUUGAUAUCAAUGAGAGAACUAGCAAGUCAAGUGAAUCUUUAUAUAGAUUCGUCUCUGAAGCGACUUGAGUUUUUUUUUCUGUUACGUACGAUGUUGUUAAAAUCACAGUGCAACUCUCAAGGUUUAAUUUUAUGUUUCCCAUGCUUCGAUUGCAAAUUGAUCGCACAUUGAGAAACAUUUCAGUCUCGUAAAAGUCAAAAUUGUUAAAUUUGUGCAUUCAUUUUGGAAAUUUUCAUCACUUUGGGUCCGAUCGUGCACAUUCAAUAAAAAAUCAUGGAUUACCUUGGAAGGUCUUCUACGUUGUUGCUUGGUGAGUGCAAUAGCUGACGAGAGAAUACCUGAGCGAAGACCUGGCCUCGAAAAUUUUGGAACAAUGUUCCUUUGCAGAUUGAAUUGUCUUCGUCAAUGUUUCACCGAAAGAGUUUAUUCUGAUGCAAAAAAUUAUUUUGCUACUGACACAUUUGUUGAUGUCCAGUUAUAAUUUGCCUACAGAACAAAGGUAGAGAGUCUAGUUAGUGUUUUAAAGUAUACAUUUCUCCUACCAUCAAUUUAUUUUGCUUGAAUUACUCUCUCUUAGCCUCAUUAAAAAUUUGUGACAAUUUCUCGUUCUUCUUACCCUUUACCUAUUUUAUUCAUUUCAGAAAACGUGCUUCAUACCCCAGUCCAUAUUUUCAUAAUUCUCGUGUUACAGAAUCUCUGAAACAAUUCUAAUCUUCUUCUGUCUCAUAUUAACCAAAUCUGUGUAACCUUUGUGGUUUCCUUUAUCUUUUCAGUUAUUAAAUAAAAGGAUGAUUAACUUAACAAUAUAAAGUACCUCGUUCAUUGUGCCUCAGUUACUUUCUCGAAUCGUGUCAGUCUCAGUCUCAGUUAUUUUCUCUUUCCUUCAUGUCUUUUUGUUAUCGAUCUCUGAUUAUGAAUUACCUAGGUUGAGAUCUGGGAACGCAUGGUCAACAAGUAAAUGAUUCAAUUCUCUUAUAGUUUAGUUGGGAAUUUUGGGAAACUCUCAUUCUGCCUCUCUGCACAUCUUUGUUUUGUGAACUUGAACAUUUCUCCAUAACAUUUUGAAAGUAUACCUGUUGCAGAAAUUCUGCGACUCAGUUGGGGAAACAUGAUUAAAUUGAAGGACAUGCAUUAUUAUAUAUGAUUCAUUUUUCAACAGAAAACUGAUAAUGCUGGGAAUUACAUGAAUGUCAAUGGUUGUUGAUGAUUCCCAGGUUUAAACUAGUUUUUCGUGCCUGGCUUGUUUGUGAUUUUCAAUUGCUAUAGAUGACUUCUUUCAACGUGUCAUCGUUCGGGAUACAUUAACUUAUAGAUUUCCACUCUUGAAAGUUGCUUUGAAAGUUGUGCCAGUCACGGGGGAGUGUUCCAGGAGGUUACUGCUUCCCUAUUGAAACUGUUGACUCUUAUAUUGUGAAUUAUAUUCCAGUCGUUUAGAUUAGCAUACGCUACUAACACAGACUUUAAUUUUUUUUUCUUUUCAAUAGGUAGUAUACAUCAGAAAAUACGUUAAUCCACCUGAGCUACUAGAAUGGAACUCCUCAAUAACGAUGUGCUAUAACCAUUCAUCACUUUGUUUCAGGCUAAAUUCCUUAAAAUAUGUGAAGCAGUUCUAGAAAACCCUACAGAUAUCCGGAAGGGAUCUGGGAAGGCAAAGUAUCAGACUCGUGUAGAGGAUGUAAAACCUGAUACGUUUUUCAAGAAGUUUAAUCGUCUUGAAAGACCUGAUCAGGUUUCCAAUGCACCACCCACAGCUAAUGAUUGUUUGGCAGGCAAUAAGUGUGGCAAGUAAGUACCUAAUUCCUCUCCUGAGAUUGACUCGGUUUUAGCUACUCAGACUUAAUUAUUUAAUGUUGUACUUGCUUUUGCAGCUGUACAACUCGAACAGAACAGACUGAUGACACAUGCUCCAGCGCUGUCUGCUCACAAAUGUCCGAAACGCAGAGCAUUCCUACAGAAAACAGACGUCUGUCUCUUUUGACCAAGUUGACUGAAGAGGGAAGGAAAGUUGAAUCUAUAGUAGAUUCUGCCUCCAAGGAUUUCUCUUCUCAAACUGGCGGGCAGAUCCAUGGCCUUGCAUCUCAGAAUUCCCCUGGUCCAGCUCCGUUGAGGUUGGCCAAAGAAAUGGAUACCCCGGGCACUCUGUCUCUAGAAAAGGUGGAGAAUGGUAGACUUGAUGCGAAUGGCCUCACCCACACACAACGCUUCUGUCUGGUCAGAAACCCUCUUUUAUUGAGGGUGAGCUCACAUAAUUCAUGCCAAAGUGCAGACUCUGCCAACGCUGGCACAGGGCAGCAGGGCACUCCGAGUUUUGUCUUGGUGGAAUCAGAAUUCUCUCAGAUGAACGACAAAGCCUCCUCAUCGGAUAGAGUUAGUGAAGAAGCUGGCAGUAAGCCGAUAAUGAACUGUUCGGAUGACCCAUUUGCAAGCCCUGAUGGGAGAAGACUCAACAACGGGGCCGCAUUAAAGGAAAGAUUCCCCAACAGUAAGAGUCCUGUCGACAGACCCAUCAUUGGAAUGGUCGCCGCCCAUUGGAAUGAUGACGAAACCACCGGCAUCUCACCCAAGUUGUGGGAUGGAAAUGGCAUACCCAAUUCGACAAAUAAGUAUAAAGAGGUACAGCGUUUCGUUUUUCUAUGAACUUGAUUACUGAUUUUAGCUGGUGGGCUGGUCUCAAGGCGAUGUAUGUGCCUGGUGGGUCUGCCUAUUAAUGCUCCAGCUGUGCUCCAUGUGUGAACAGGAUCAGAAGGUCAGCUGGCACGCCACCCCAUUUGAAGAGAGGUUGGAGAAAGCUCUGUCCGACGAGAAACUUUAUCCCCAGAGGUCUCUCUCUCUCUAUCUCUCUCUGUCUCUCUCUCUCUCUCUCUCUCUCUCUCUCUCUCUCUCUCUCUCUCUCUCUCUCUCUCUCUCUCUCUCUCUCUCUCUCUCUCUCUCUCUCUUCUCUCUCAUUCUAGAAAGUGGGCCUGGAAGCUUUUCUCCUUCUCACGGGUGAUUACUGUGCAGGAAACUCCCAAACGGGAAACCUAUCAAGUUCGAUGAAGAAGGGGAGGAAAAAGACGCUGCAGCUGCAACAUGA